CGCAGUGUCCUAAACAGGAACAUUUGACUUUUUAAUUUCACUUUUACGUUUCACAAAGCUGUAUAGCAUUCAGAUACUGAAAAUGAAAGCGUUUAGCUUCGGAAGAAGAGUAUUUCCUGUGAAACGUCUCCAAUCUAUCUUUGCAAAUUCAAUCCGCGGGGCGCAUGAGUUAAACUGUGAUGCCAAACAUGAAACUGCAUCAACAACGUUCCCGAAAACUUACAAAGUAGUGGAUCAUUCCUACGACGCGAUAGUUAUUGGAGCGGGUGGUGCAGGCUUACGGGCUUGCUAUGAACUCGGCAUGAACGGAUAUAAAGUCGCUGUAAUUACAAAGAUGUUUCCUACCAGAUCGCAUACGGUUGCAGCGCAAGGGGGUGUGAAUGCAGCAUUAGGGAAUAUGGGGCAAGAUGACUGGAAGUACCACAUGUAUGACACUGUCAAAGGGUCUGAUUGGUUGGGCGAUCAGGAUGCUAUUAGCUACAUGACACAUGAGGCUCCACGGACGAUAUUAGAGCUGGAGAAUAUAGGGGUGCCUUUUUCACGAACUAAAGAAGGAAAGAUUUAUCAGCGAUCAUUUGGUGGCCAAUCGUUAGAAUAUGGGAAAGGUGGAAAGGCAGUGAGGACUUGCGCAGCGGCUGACAGAACUGGGCAUGCCAUCUUACAUGGUCUGUAUGGGAGAAGCUUACUUUAUGAUGUCGACUACUUCCUUGAAUAUUUUGUGAUGGACUUGCUUUUUGACCAAGAAGGUUGUCGUGGAGCAAUAGCUUUAUGUUUGGAAGAUGGGUUGAUUCACAGAUUCAUGGCCAAAAACACGAUAAUUGCUACUGGUGGAUUUGGAAGAAUAUACUUUUCAUGCACAGCGGCCCACAUGUGUACUGGAGAUGGCUGCAGCAUGAUAUUACGCCAGGGACUUCCAUUGCAAGAUUGCGAGUUCGUCCAAUUCCAUCCAACGGGCCUUUAUCCAGUCGGUAUCCUGAUGACUGAAGGUGCACGUGGAGAAGGUGGCUAUCUGGUCAAUUCUGAAGGGGAGCGUUUUAUGGAGCGAUAUGCCCCAAAUGCCAAAGAUUUAGCCUCACGUGAUGUAGUAUCACGCGCCAUUACCCUUGAAAUACAAGAAGGACGAGGAGUUGGGAAGGAUAAAGACCACAUGCACUUGCAAUUACAUCACCUGGAUCCCAAAGUGUUACAUGAACGGCUUCCUGGAAUAAGCGAGUCUGCAAAAAUAUUUGCUGGAAUAGACGUAACGAGUGAAAAUAUCCCGAUUAUUCCUACCUGUCACUAUACUAUGGGAGGUAUACCCACUAAUUACAAGGGACAGGUUCUCUCUGUUGACAGCAAUUGUAAUGAUUGUUUUGUUCCUGGAUUAUAUGCGUGCGGUGAAUGUUCUGCAGCAUCGGUUCACGGUGCUAACCGACUCGGAGCUAAUUCUUUGCUUGAAGUUAUCAUCUUUGGUGAAGCAUGCGCAAGAGAUAUAAUGAAGAAUGAUAAGCCUGGAGCAGAUUUUUUGUGUUUAAGUGAGGAUGCUGGGGAGAAGUCAAUCGCAAAUUUGGAUUGGAUACGCUCCGCUAAGGGUGAUAUACCCCCAGCAGACCUUCAGUUGGAAAUGCAAAAAACUAUGCAAACAUAUGCAGGAGUCUUUCGAAUUGAAAAGCUCCUUCAAGAGGGUAUCUGCAAAGUGAUUGAAUGUUACCAGAAAUUUGCGUCUUUGAAACUAACAGACAGGAACUUAAUUUGGAAUACCGAACUAGUUGAAGCUAUGGAACUUCAAAAUCUGCUAGACUUAGCAAUGGUGACUAUUUCGGGUGCAGAGAAUCGGAAAGAGUCAAGAGGUGCUCAUGCCCGCGAAGACUUUAAGGAAAGGCUCGACGAAUAUGAUUACAGCAAACCGGUCUUAACACAGCAGAAACGCGAAAUAGAGUUCCAUUGGCGUAAGCAUACAUUGGCUUGGAUUGAUAAAAAAGGAACUGUGACAUUCAAAUAUAGGCCAGUUAUUGAUUGUCCUAUUUAUAAGGACGUUGAACCAAUUCCUCCUGCAGUACGGUCUUACUAGGUGUUUUCUUGAAAAUGGAUGUUUACAUUUCUAUCUAUACGGUCGAUAUACAGAGAGAAGUA